AUGUCAGAACCAUCAAUAAAGUUAAGAACAGCUAAAGAUUCGCUGGUUUCUUCACUUUUUGAACUAUCAAAAGCUGCUAAUCAAACAGCAUCCUGUAUAGUGGACUUCUAUCAUGUUAUAGGUGAAGAUGAAGAAGAGAAAAUAGAAGCCUUCACAACAUUGACUGAGGCUCUCCAAAAAUUGACAUCUGCCAGUAAUCAGCUACAUGGUGUUAGUACUGAGUUAAGUAAUCCUUUGGAUGAUGAUAAGGAUACCAUUCCUCCCUCUCCUGCUAAGCCUCAGGCAAAGAAGAAACAAGAACGCGAUCCUAACGCCCCUAAGAAGCCUCUGACUGUUUUCUUCGCUUAUUCCGCAUAUGUUCGACAAGCGUUGCGUGAGGAAAGGCAAAGAGCAGGGCUGCCACCAUUAUCUUCUACUGAGAUUACCCAGGAAAUCUCCAAAAAAUGGAAGGAAUUAAGCGACACUGAAAAGGAUAAGUGGAAACAGGCUUAUACCUCUGAGUUAGCCAAUUACCAAAGGGAAAAACAGAAAUACCUAGAAGCCAAAAAGAAUGGUAUUCUUCCAGUUUUUGAUGGACCCAGCUCUGCCCCAGUUCCAAUUCCGCAUUAUUUGCAGAGUGGUAUUGAGGAAUUUGAUCCUCCCAAAGAGAAAAGGAGUUAUGAAGAAGAAGUGUUGAGUUCCUCGGAUAAAAAGAAGAAGAAAAAGAAGAAGGACAAGAAGAAGGACAAGGUAAGAAGUGUUGGUGCUGAAACUUAA